AGUAAUCAAUUAGAUUACUCGUUACUGGAAAAAGUAAUGCCGUUAGUAACGCCGUUAUUUAUAACGCCGUUAUUCCCAUCACUGUGCAUCACUCUAUCACUGUGUUCCAAAUGGAAACCUUUGGAAUGUGUACUUUGGAGUGAAAACAAUCAUGGCCGCCAUAUUGAAGGGUCAUUCCAAACCUGUGGUCAAAAUUGGCCACUUCAAAGCUUCCUUUAAAAUAAUGUCAAAAGGGUUCAACUGAUGGAGACUUUGCUCCCAUGAUUCUUCGCAGAGGUUUAGAUGUGCAAUGAUAGCACCUCCUUAAUUGGCUCGGGAAGAUGACAAAAAUUUGCUAUAAGGUAUAGUUUUUACAUACCUCAUUUCUCAAAGGAAUGAGUGCAUAGGGAUUAACCCUUCACAAAGUAAUGCAGCAUAUAAUACCCAUUAAUAUAAUGAAAAGGUGGCACUAACACUUUGUUAACAGGUCUGUCUAAUACUGAUAGAAGCCUGUCUAAUAAUUAGGGAUGGGUAUCGUUAAGGUUUUAACGGUAUUACUACUCUUACCGGUACUGCUUAACGGUCCGGUACUUUAAUGGUAUUCUUAUCGGUACUUUGUGUUGUGUUACUUUGUGUUGUGUUAGGGAUUUCCUAGGUUUCUUCUGCAAAGUGUAUUUUGGGUUUCAGUGCAAGAACGCCCUACGGCCUUUGGACGGAGAUGUACUACUCAUCACAGAGUCGUGCUUCACUGAAAUAUAUGCAUGACAAUCACAGCUUCUGUUUUAAUCAUGAUUUCGAUUUAAUUUCGAUUUAUCGUGCAGCUCUAAUCCCUGCACAUGACAUGAGGUGAAUUUUUUUUAAUUAUUUUUCCUUUCGUUUGGGUAAAUCAUGUACCUGACUUCAGUUUAUUCAUUGAAGCACGACAGCUGUUCAGAAGGAGGAGCCCUGUCCACCAGGAGGAUUGCUCUGAACACCUCAGAGACAAGCCAUGACAGCAUCCACAGCCGUGAAUGUAACUCUGAUGCUGGCACCUUUGAAUGGAAAGAUGAGAGCUGGAGAGAAAACGAUCUAAAAGCUUGCACUUUUUCUCUAUGUGUCAUUUCAUGUAUCAGAUAUCAAAGAGGAACCAACGACUUAGCGAUAAAUGAUUCUGACCCUCCAUAGCAUGCAACUACAGCUCACGGAUUCAGAAGGGAAAAAAAUGUUUGGUGGAGCAAACCUGAUGAAUGAAGUAAAUAUAUGGCACUUACAGCACAACAAAUUCAGUUCAAUAUCACAAUCCCCUUCCAGAGGUGGUUUGUAGGAUACAUAAAUAUUUUACUAUUCUAUGAAAAAACUAAAUCAACACCCUUCCAAAAAUUAAAGCCUCUAAGCUCAGCAUUCAACCACAACCUUGAGACUCCAGAGAUUUCUGUAUUUGUCUUCUAUACUCAUUCAAUAUUUCCCCCUAAAUGUCCCAGGCUAUAAAUGUUAUGUGUUAAACAUUUCUAAUACCAGACAGCACUUGGAACAAUGAUAACAUUUGCCUGGAAACCACUCGGAAAUGCAGACUCGGUCUCGCCUGCUACCCAAAAAAAUACACACCAAAACAAAUCAACUUUGAAUAGCACAAAAUCAAUCCUUUCUAAUUUAAAUUCUAUUUGUGUGCAAUUUUAAUGCAUAGUUUAAACAUUUUAGAGACCUAUUUUUAGACUAAGCCACUUUUGAUAGCCCCUGCUGUGUUUCCAUUUCACUACUUUACAACAUUAUAAACAAGAGGUCAAAAGGUUUUUGCUUGUCAAUGCACAACUGUCUAGAAACUACAAUGUGUCGCUUACUCACGAUUAAGUAUGCGCGUUCCAUAGUUCGAUGUGCUUGGUCAUACUUUCAUCUCACUCUAAGGCAUCCAUACUCACUUUCACUCCCUCCAAGCCUUCUUUACACACACACACUUCAACACACACAGAGUUCCUCAUCAAUAAGCGUGAGCUUCCACGAAAUGCCCCUACACAGUGCAGGCAUGCUAACCAAUCUCCUAGAAGGGCUAGGCGUGACUGCGACUAAUGAUGGACUAGAUCAGCUGAUGUUAGUAUAAGAGAAAAAAAAGGAGGGGUGUGUAUAAUGUCCUCGGGAAAUUCCCUCUCAUUUUCUUCAAAUAUAUUUCCGUUACGGCUCCACAAAGCUGAGGAAAAUGUUUUGACAAGCACAAAUAUGAGUCUGUUGGCUUUUCAGCACCAAAAACAGUGGACAGCACCCUUGGUCAGCAGUCAUGCUUAUACAGGGGUGUGUAUGUGUGUGGUGGGGGGAGGGGGAUUCCCACAAUGUUUUAUGCCAUUCCCCCUCGCGACAAGCAUCUCUGAGGCUUGUGCUCAUGGAAUAGGCUCACCGAAACACACCAAGAGGAAUGUCAUGAAUAUGUGACACACUGCAAAGUCACUGACAUUUGCAUUCAGUCAGUGUAUGCAUUUCAUCACUUGUGAUGGCAAGUCUGAUUAAUUUACAUUUAAGCAAAGAACCAAUUAAAAAAAAAACGAUUGAGUGAUUCUUUUAUGUCAUCACGACGUGAUCCCUGACAUACGGUUGUGGUAUGUUACAUGCUCUAAAACCUUCCAAUAAAACCAGUUGAAGGCACAUAAUGCGGUUUAUGAAGCUUUUCAAAGUAAACUUUGUUAAUAAAGUUUACUAUUGUAAUUUAAUGUGUCCUGCUUCCGUUUGUAGUAGUUAUCAUUCAGAUCAUAAACAAUCACUAACAUUUACAAAACCAAUGUAAAAGUUGUUGCGUGUUUUAUAUAGGCUGUUUUAUUUAUUUAUUUUUUAAUCAUCAAAUUUGCCAGGGCAAAAUUCAAGAAAAUGAGUACAUUUAGCGAAAAAAAAUGUCCCUACACUCAUUUCGAAGCAGGUUCAAGUUUGUCAAACAAAUUAGCAACGAUGACCAACUCACUGCUAAACUAUUGACACAUUUUGUCAUAAUGUUGCUAAUGCGACCAAACAUUCAUGCUUGUUGAUACAACUGUCACAUAAUUAAGUUCUAGGUUAACCCUAUUUAUGGAACUCUGCAUAUUAUUUAGAUGUUCGAAAAACGGUUCUCGAAUCGAUGAGUUAAUGAGUCAGAAUCACUCACUGACUGACAGACUGAUCUGACAUUCGACCAAUCUGACUCAUAAACGAAGAGAUUCUUCCUCCAGUCGUGAACAGAUUCAUUAUAAAGAUCUGACUCGUUCACGAAUCGGACAUCGCUAUUCAUCACCCAUUCCCCCUGUUCCCGAGAGGAAGCUACGGCAGCGAUAUUUAACAAUAAAGGCCUGUUCACACCGGGACGAAUUCCGCGCGCGAUAUUCGCCGACGUUUAACGCCUCGUGACUAAACAAAGGGCGCCAAUGUGAGUGUGCACACCGACGCGAAAAACGCCACGCGUAAAAGAGUCAUUUUUUAAAAAACGCUUCGGGUUCGUUUUUUUGGUUUGACGCACCGCGUCAAAAACUAUACGACCAAUGAGAAUGGCACUUUUGCACACGUGUCUGGAGCUUCUGAAGUUACAGUAAAACACAACUUGGGGGCGCUCAAACACAAAACUGUCUUGCUGUGAGCACACAUACGUAACGGCGAAGAAGAUAUACGCCAAGUAGCGUCUACACUGCCGGGAAGAAAUAAGACGAAGAAGAUGCAAGGCAAGAUGAAUGUAGAGUUGCUGGUCUCGUUGGUGUCGGAACACAAAGAACUAUAUGACAAACGUGACAGCGAUUACAAAAAUCUUGAUAAAAGAGAACUGUUAUGGAGUGGUAUUGCACAGCAAAUGGGCCUUGAUGUGGAGGAGGUAAAACACAAAUGGAAAAGCCUGCGAGAUACAUAUACACGAAAAAAGCGCGAAGAUGAUUGCCGAAGUGGACAGGCUGCUAAAAACAAGAAGACGUGGAAAUUUAUGAAGGUCAUGGAGUUCCUCGCAACAUCAACUGAAUUUCGAAGUGUUCACAGCAAUAUUUCUCCUGAAAAUAUGAAUGAAGGGGUUGAGCAAGUGGUGGUUCAAAAAGAAGUCAGCGACAGAGAAGAAGCAUCAGCAAGCACGUCUCCAGGAUCAUCCUUCUCCAGCCCAACUGUGACCAGGUCUACUUUCAACAAAAGAAAACGGCCAGAGACACCAGACUUGUUGGACCGGUACCUUUUAUCCAAAGAAGCCAGGGAAAGUGAGAAAGAGGAACGCAGAAGAGAGAAAGAGGAGCGCAGAGAGCAACGAAGAGAGCAACAAAAUGAUGAAAAUUACUUGUUUGCUCUUGGCUUGAUACCAGCACUAAGGAGAUUGUCCCCAGCCGUACAGUCUUCAGUCAAAUUAAAAAUACAUCAGCUGUUGCAUGAUGCUGAGUUUGGCCAGGCCUCUUCUGCUUUUUUUCCACAGCAGUCACCGGUGUCCUACCAUCAGGUCCCCCCACAGACCCCAACAAACUAUGGCUGCUCUACAACUUCUUGGCUACCCUAAUAGAUGUUUACUGUAUACAUUUUAAUUCUGUAUUUUUUUGUUUGUUUUUUUACAUUCAAGAAAUUUAGUUGAAAAUGGCCGUUUCAUAAAUGUUUAUUUGCACUAUUGUUCACUUGCACUACAGUCAUUGUGACUUAUUUGCACAACCUUUUCUGACGCCCUUUUUUACUUUAUGUUUGUGAUUGUUAUUGCAACUUGUAGUUCAUUAAAAAAUGUUUCAUUUUUCCAAAA